CGAGCAGCUCUUGGGGCCAUUUCAAGGCGGGAACCCGGCAAAGCGGGCAACCCCAAUAUGGACCCCGCGCCAGGAUUUGAAAGAAAAAUAUUGCGAAAUCGAUGAUGUCUUGAGACGGCCUCGCAAGAAACAAGAUCCGCGCUCCAGUUUCUGCUCUUUAGCCCAGCUGCCGCUUGAGGGAAGGCGCAAUUCCCCUUGGACGCGCCAGGGAAAACCCGCCCUUCCUUCCCUCCGGCACAAAACUUCGCCUCCCCUUACCAAGCCCGUGUGGGGAUUUCUGAGGGAAGCGGGCAAGCGGCUCACGAGGCGCGGCGCCCCUACCUGCCGGACCCCGGCCGCGCUGCUAAUGUGCGGAGCCUGCCGGGGGCUGGCGGCCCGGAAUUCCCCUCCGCGGGGGCGUGCCGGCUAACCAGCCUCGCUGGUUUUUUUCUGAAAAACUUCUUUGCCUUCAGCGUGGGAGCUCUUCGUUUCUGCUGGCUCAGGAGGACUUGUGAUCAGGAUGGCACCAAAGAGCCUUGGACUUUGGAUGUUGUGUCUUUGGAUUCAGGAAGCUGUUGAUGCUGAAGAAGUUUGUGGGAACUACACUGGCAUACAAGGGGAAAACAUUGUACUAAGAUGCUGUUAUCAUGGAGAAGUAUUUGAUCCAACUAUGUUCCGAGUACAAUGGCAAAUAAAAGACAAUGAUGAGUGUCUAGUGGAAGCCCAUCUUCCUGAACAAAAUAAUCCACCCCAGUGUGAACAUUUCAAGAACAGGACUGAGCUUAAAGAUUACUUGGAUCUUCGGCUGCGAAACAUCGGUCAGGAACACGCAGGAAAAUAUCUGUGCAUAUUACAGAGAAAGAAGGGGGAACAGUUUCAAUUCCAUUUUAAAGGACUGGUAAAACUGGACGUGGCAGCAAAGUACCUCCCACCAGUUAUAACAGGUCCUUCAAAAUAUGGAGAAGAUAUGAUAUUUACUUGCAAUUCUAGCAAUGGAUCUCCAGAACCAACAGUUUAUUGGAUAAAUCAAACAGACAACAGUCACUUGAGUCCAAAUGGUACAAUCAAAAUUAAACAGCGUAAUGGGACUUUCAGUGUUUCCAGUACACUAAUAAUUAAAGCCACAUCUAAUAUAAAAUUAGAGUGUAUCAUCAAAAAUGAACAACUGAAUGAAAGCCUAAAUGCUACCUAUAUUUUUGACUCUUCCACAUCCAGUCGCAAUUCAAGUAACAACCAACACCAAACAAGCAUGAUUGCUAUAAGUAUUCUUGCAACUGGUAUUAUGAUUAUCAUGAUCAUUUUAUUGAUCUGCUAUCAAAGGAAGUGUUCUCUUCACAGAGCAUAUGCUGAAGCUCCUAUUGGUGUGGAAAUGUCAUAAAAAGCUGUAGAGACAUUGUGAGAUACAGCAGUGCUACUUUACAAAGACAGUAGCAAAUAUCGGUAAUUGUAUAUAUUACUGCAGAGGAACAUAGACUAGAACAAAACACUUGGAUCUGGUCUUGGGCACUGUGAACUGUAAUAUUUGCCCUUCUGUUGGUGGCAUUCACAGUUCUAGCCACUGAAUGACAGAAGAGUAAAGACUAUACUUGUAAGUUAAACCCUGUGAAAGACAAUGAGGAGGAUACCCUUCGCUGGAUAUAGACGAAGGCUGACAAAGAAAGUCAGCACGCACUGAGAGAGAGCUGUUGGAAGGUGGCUUCGCCUGUGACAACAUUUCUAUAUGGAAGGAAUAUGUAUUCUAUAUAUAGAUUGCCACGGAUGUUGGGGUGGGGUUCCUAUGACCAAGAAUCAUUUCUCAGGCACAGGGUGGCUUUCUCCAUGUCACCUCACAGAACUGGAGAUUGUUCUCUGUAUCCUUUGGGAAUUAUACACCGCCUUGCCUUUAUCUGAACCUUUAGUGUGAGGAUGUUGAUGCAACAAGAGUAGAACAAGGAUCCUCAGAGGGAAGCUGCUUUUGAGCCGAAAGUCUGAUGGUGGAGUAGAGAGGGAGGAUUCUCCUGCACCAGCCUUCCCAUGGUGUCAUAGUGCGUGGGUGAAUCAUAGAGGGAAGCAGUGCUUAGCAUUGGUCUGAGGAUCAAUGCUUAUUUGGAGCGGUCUUUCCACACACAUUGGGUCAGGUAAGAAAGAAUGAGCAUGACCUUCUGGUACCACUGAAGGAUAAACGGUAGAGGCUUGAUUAUCAGUUGAAAAUAUGGCUUUUCUGUCAGCCCUUGCUAGAGAUUUUUUCUUGGGGUCCUGUCUCUUUAGUUGUUGCUUGAGCAGCUGGCAUUCGACACCACAAAGCUGGGAAGAAAUUCUUCUGAGCAUUUUUCACUUACUUGUCAUGAUGAACAGUGUUAAUGGAUAGCUCUCUCACUUCAGUGCAACCACAAAAAACUAAAUAAGCUGAAGAUUUGCAGGAUUACAAAUUUAAAUAUUUUAGAUAGUGAAUUAAAGACUGAGCCAAGAUAAUCUGUAUAGGUGGCACAUGUUUUCAGGUCUUGAGCAUGUGAAAGAAGCAUAAUGAAAGCAUGGUUAACGUGACAGACUGUGGCCCUGGAGACCCUGCUCUGUCAAGAACCUCAUCAAGUUACCUUCAGCAGCCAGUCUCUACCCUCACAGCAUUAAUGUGAAGAUAAAUGAGGGGAUCAUAUAUGCUACCAUGAUCUCCCUUGCAGAGUAAGCUAAGGAAAAUCUAAUUUAUAAUAAAGAUAAUUUCAGUGCAAGGAUCAGCCCUAUGUACACAUCCAUCUGUGUACAUGGAUUUGGUCCCAUCACCAAAUAAAGAGGGAACUACAAUGUGCAUGUUGGAACAAAUGUAAAGGUCCAGACUUUUAUCUAUUGAGGAUUUUGUGUGUUGCUGAUAUACCAGCUCCAAGUCUGGGAGACUGAUGGGAAAGAUAAAGAGAUGUAUAAAGUGCAGCAAAGAGAUGAGACAGUCAGAUGAGAUCAGGUUGCUGAACAGUGUGCCCAGUGUUAGGAAACUUGGAGAGGGCCAGUUUUUAACUUUGUGUGUACUUAGAUGAUGUGGCAUUUGCCUAGCUUAUUUUCCUAUACUAGAGCUUGCUGGUUCUUUGGUUUUCAAGUAAAAUUGCAGGAUUCUCAAGGUACGGGACUUUUCUCCCCACAAAUCAGCACAGUUGCAUUUUUGGAAUGCUUUUUCUCCUGACAUCUAUGAUAAAGUAGGCCAAGUCUUAAGACAUCUUACAGACUUCUUAAACAAGUCCAGCUGGAAAUCCUGCAUUACUUUACUUCAGAACCUGCACCACUCCAUUAAUGUUCUUGCUGCAAAUUAUCAUUCAGCUCAGUUGUGAACAUUUGGAAGUAAUGAUGUGCCUGAAAACUUUGUUCUAACAGUGGGUGCUUGAGAACCCCUUUUAAAAAUUCAGCUAUUAAACAUCCCUGUUCUCCAAAUAUGCAAUAAUUAGGUAACAUUCUUGCAAUGUUGUAUUUAUUUUCAUGGUUCACCUGUAGGAGAAACUUGGUUUUACAAAGUGCAGAUUCUUUCCUUUUUUGGUCUCCUAAGUUACUAUUGUUUCCUACUUACUGGCCAAUUUAUGAGCUGUGAAUUGUUCUGUAAUGUGAAUGUGAUAAAUACCUUACUUAAUUUGUUUCCAGAUAAACUGUGUCCUGGUUUUGUCUAACCUUUUUCAUAUAACGCAAUUGAUGCCCAAAAUCAACCUUCUGAUCCUUUCAAUCAAAAUGGCAGUUUUAGGAGAAAUAUGAAUGUUUAUCAGAUGCUGGUGUAGCAGAAGUGACAGACAGUUCUGACACCCUUCCUCUAAUGUAAAAUGCACACAUGGACCUCCAGUGAUAACCACUGGAUUAAAUGUGAAUUGUAUACCUACUUUCUCCAGUACUUGAUGCAGUGUGAAAAUUUGGACUUGUGAAUCUCAC